UAAUGAUCUAUACUACCAUCUUGGCCAGUCCCAGCUCGGCAGAGAUCUGCGGCAGCGUGGAUGUCCGUCACGAAGUCAGUCAGCUGCAGAAGCUGGAAAACUGCACCGUGAUCGAGGGGGAUCUCGAGAUUCUCCUGCUAUUCAACACCAAGGCCGAGGACUUCCGGGGCUUCUCCUUCCCCCGCCUGACCAUGAUCACCGACUACCUGCUCAUCUUCCGCGUCUACGGCCUCGAGAGCCUCCGGGAGCUCUUCCCCAACUUGGCCGUUAUUAAGGGCACCAAUCUCUUUUUCAACUACGCCAUGGUGAUCUUCGAGAUGCCGCACCUGCGGGAGAUCGGCCUGUUCGGCCUGACCAACGUGCUGCGGGGUGACGUGCGCAUCGAGAAGAACCAGGAACUCUGCCACCUCUCCACCAUCGACUGGUCGCUCAUCCUCAACUCCGGCGAGACCAGCUUCGUCUUCGGCAACAAGCAGGUGGAAGAGUGUGGCGACGUGUGUCCGGGAGCCAUGGACGGCGGCAACCCCUGCGCGCAGACCAGCUUCAAAAGCCAGACGGAUUACCGCUGCUGGACGUCCACCCACUGCCAGAAAGUGUGCCCCAGUAAGUGCAGAGACCGCAGCUGUACCGCAAGCGGCGAAUGCUGUCAUAGGGAGUGCCUGGGCGGCUGCCGUCGUCCCGGGGACAACCGCAUGUGCCUGGUGUGCCGGAACUACCACUACCAGGGUGCCUGCCUGCCGCACUGCCCCGUCAGGACGUACAAGCACGCGGGCUGGCGCUGCGUCACCCAGGAGUACUGCGCCAGUCUGCACAAGACCUCCGAGCACUCCAAAGACUGGCUUCCCUUCGUGGUCUUCCAGGGGGAAUGUCUGCCCGAGUGCCCCUCCGGAUAUACGCGCGACAACAGCAGCUUGGGUUGCAGCAAGUGCCUGGGACACUGCCCCAAACAUUGCCACGUGGGCACCAAGACCAUCGACUCUCUGGCUGCCGCCCAGCAGCUAUCCGAGUGCACCGUCGUCGAGGGCAACCUCAUCAUCAACAUCCGCGGAGGCAACGACCUUGCAGUGAAGCUGGAGGCUAGCCUGGGUCUCAUCGAAACCAUCACCGGCUUCCUGAAGAUCAAACACUCCUUCGCACUGGUCUCACUCUCCUUCUUCGCCAACCUCAAGCUGAUCCGCGGGGAUUCGAUGGUCGAUGGGAACUACACGCUAUACGUGCUGGACAACCAGAACCUACGGCAGCUGUGGAACUGGAAUCACCACCGUCUCUCCAUUCCGGUCGGGCGAGUUUACUUCGCCUUCAACCCCAAGCUCUGCUUGUCGGAAAUCUACCGCAUGGAGGAGGUGACUGGCACCAAGGGCCGCCAGAACAAGGCGGAGAUCAACCCGCGCACCAACGGAGACCGAGUCUCCUGUAAGAGCCACGUGCUGAAGUUCAUCUCCAACACCACCUACACCGACCGCAUCCAGCUGACCUGGGAACGGUACCAGCCCCACAACUUCCAGGACCUCAUCAGCUUCAUCGUCUAUUACAAGGACGCCCCUUACCAGAACGUGACUGAGUACUUUGGACAGGACGCUUGUGUGCCCAACAGUUGGUCCAUGGUGGACGUGGACCACCCUCUCAACAAGGAGCACUAUCCCGAGGUGAUGCUACAUAACCUGAAGCCCUGGACUCAGUACGCCAUCUUCGUCCGCGCCAUCACACUCACCGUCUCUGAGACCAGCCACAGCCAUGGCGCCAAGAGCCAGCUGGUCUACAUCCGCACAAAGGCGGCCGCUCCCACCGUGCCGCAGGACGUGGUCUCCAUGUCGAAUUCAUCCUCACAGCUGAUCGUGAAGUGGAAGCCGCCGAUCCAGCGAAAUGGGAACCUUACCUACUACCUGGUGGUGUGGCAGCAACAGCCCGAGGACGGGGAGCUCUUCACUAAUGACUACUGCCACAAGGGGAUGAAGCUGCCGACCAGCGUGGUGGCCAGCGCCCCCGAUGACUACGACCACGACGGCUCCAAUGAUUCUAGGCCAGAGAGCGGCGAACAUUGCUGCCAGUGUCCGAAAACACAGGAGCAGUUGGAGCAGGAGGCCGAGGAAACCUCCUUCCGCAAGAAGUUCGAGAACUUCCUCUAUAACUCCAUCUUCGUCCUCAGGCCGCUGCGGCGACGAAGAGAUGCCCAGAGCUUAUGGAACGGGACGGUGUCCACAGUCAAUGUCUCGCUGUCAGAAGCCGGCCUAAACCUAACGGCGGGCAACGGUUCGGGAGCCGAGGGGAAAUCGCGGACCGACUUCCCGUACUUCGAGGACAAGGUGUUCAACAGGGAGCGGAUCGUCAUUUCGAACCUGCGGCACUUCACCGAGUACCGUAUCAACAUCCACGUGUGCAACCACGCCGCCCAUAAGGUGGGCUGUAGCGCUGCCACCUUCGCCUUCGCUCGUACCAUGCCCAAGGCUCAAGCCGACGACAUCGUGGGGAACGUGACGUGGGAGCUGGUGAGCGCGGACACGGUGUUACUGCGGUGGCCCGAACCAUCGGACCCCAACGGGCUCAUCCUCAAGUACGAGAUCAAAUACAGCCGGGACAACGAGGAGUUCCACCAGUGCGUGCCCCGCCAUGUGUACCAGCGGUACGGAGGGGCGCGGAUCAGCCGGUUACAGCCGGGGAAUCACACGGCCACAGUGCACACCACCUCGCUGGCCGGCAACGGCUCAUGGACCGAGCCCAUCACCUUCUACAUCCCCGCCCUGCCCAUUGAGCAGAAGUACGAAGAUUUCUUGACGGUACUGACCCUGAUGCCUGUGGCCGUACUGAUCGCCGUCCUCCUUCUGGCCCUCGUCGUUUACAUCUACAACAAGAAGAGGAUUAACGGAUUCCUCAACGGCACCCUAUAUAUGUCAGUGAACCCUGAGUACUUCAACGCGGCCGACAUGUACGUGGCGGACGAGUGGGAAGUCCCGCGGGAGACCAUUACCAUUAUUAAGGAGUUGGGCCAGGGAUCCUUCGGCAUGGUGUACGAGGGGAUCGCCCGGCUGGCGACGACGGGCCAGGCCGAGACCCGCGUGGCGCUGAAGACGGUCAACGAGUCGGCAAGCAGGCGGGAGCGCAUCGAGUUCCUCAAGGAGGCGUCCGUGAUGAAGGCCUUCGACUGCUACCACGUGGUGCGUCUGCUGGGGGUGGUGUCGAGGGGACAGCCCACCCUCGUCAUCAUGGAGCUCAUGACCCGGGGGGAUCUCAAGAGCCACCUCCGUUCGCUGCGGCGGAGCACAGAGAACGAUCAGAGUUUCUCGCCGCCCACUCUGAAGGACAUGAUGCAGAUGGCGGGUGAGAUCGCCGACGGGAUGGCCUACCUCAACGCCAAUAAGUUCGUGCACCGGGACCUGGCGGCUCGCAACUGCAUGGUGUCCGAGGACCUUACCGUCAAGAUCGGAGAUUUCGGGAUGACGCGGGACAUUUACGAGACGGAUUAUUACCGGAAAGGGGGUAAGGGGCUGCUCCCCGUACGCUGGAUGGCCCCGGAAUCCCUCAAAGACGGGAUCUUCAGCCCACACACCGACGUCUGGUCGUUCGGAGUUGUGCUGUGGGAGAUCGCCACUCUGGCUGAACAGCCGUACCAGGGCAUGUCCAACGAGCAGGUCCUACGCUUCGUACUGAAUGGGGGCACGUUGGGGAAGCCCACUAAAUGCCCCGAGAGACUGCACGAACUGAUGCAACUAUGUUGGCAGCAGAGCCCGCGGUCGCGGCCGACUUUUUUGCAGAUCUUGGAGCGGAUGACAGACGCCAUGCGGCCUAACUUCCGGGAGGUCUCGUUCUUCCACAGAGGCUCGGCACAGUUGCGGGACUCGGGCGGCUGCGGGACACCUCGCCUCCUGUCAGCAGCCAGCUCCUCGCCCUGCUCCUCGGGGCCCCGCACGCCACUCACUCAGUCUCCCGCCAUCGCCGAACGCAGCCGGGGGACCCACCCAGGCUACUGCCACCUGAACGGGAAGGCGGCCGGCGUGGAGACUGCCAGCACACUGUAGCCCAGGCUCGGGAGCAGCCCAUACCCGCAGCCUCUGGACUCUCCGCAGCCUCUGCCUGUCCGCUCGUUGGAAGCUCCACACACAACCAAUAAACCUCCUCCUCCAGCCAGCCUGAUGUCGUUGCAUGUUCGGACCUA